CUCUCUCCUCUCCAUCCUCCUCACUCAGCAUCCAGCGUCCGUGUGUCUCUGGACGUCCACGGCCGCCUGAUCACGGCAUCAUCAGCACCAGUGUGGUUGAAGCAGAGACGUGGUCCGGUGAAGACAUGAGCACACGCCGAUGGAGCCUUCUUUCAACGCCGUAGAGCUUCGGGAGCUUGGGAGCGGAGCAGGACGGCAGGGUCCGUCUCUGACCCACAAACUGGGUAGCACGACCCGGGGCUUUGAGAAUGCAUCCUACCAGCAGGAUGAGGACCAGAACCAGAACCAGAACCAGCAGCAGGAGCAGCAGCAGCAACACCAGGAGGCAUCUGACCAGUCCUACGAUGAGGAGGAAGGAGGGGCAGGUGGAGCUGGAGGACAGGAGGACGGUCGGGAUUUCCCGGAGUUCAGUUCUGCUGACGACCGCUCUGCAGACUAUGGCUUCGUCUUGGCGCUGGUCUUCCUGGUGAGUGGGAUCGUCCUGGUGGUCAUCGCCUACACCAUACCCCGGGAGGCUAAGGUGGACCCAGACUCUGUGUCGGCGCGGCAGAUGGAGAAGCUGGAGAUGUACUACGCUCAGCUUGGCUCCCACCUGGACAAGUGCAUCAUCGCGGGCCUGGGCCUGCUGACACUGGGGGGGAUGUUCCUGUCGGUGCUGCUCAUGGUGUCCAUCUGCCGGGGCGAGAUGUACCGACGCAGGGCAGCAUUUGUUCGGCCUAAGAGGACUUACGGCUCCAUCAACCUGAGGAUGAAGCAGCUGGCGACGGGGGAGGCGGGAGGAGGCGACGGUGGGGACGGAGGUGAGGAGUUUUUGGUGGAACGUGCAGAGACGAGGAACAACACACAGGGAGAGACGAGCCGGGACUCCAAAUCAGAACCAGGACCAAGCAGACAUCCUCCUCCUCCUCCUGGAGUCAAUUAGCUCUGCUGAACCUUCUCUCUGCAGCUGAUGCCUUCCUCUGAGCGAGCGCCCAGAUGCAUUAUGGGGAUGCAGGUUCUUCAUGAAGCACAUCCAGAGCACAAGGCUUCCCGCUGGAGCGCCCCAGUGUUGACCAGGCAGUUUAAGGGACAUUUGACUUUAGAUGAAGGGAGGUAAGCAUGCGAUGGUGUGGAUAAGAGCACAUCCGGAGAUGAUGCGGUUAGAGUAUCAAUAUUGAAUCCUCGUGUGUUAAUCAGAGAUUGAGUUUAAAAUAAAAAGCACAGUUUAAUGAAGAUGCACUGCAGAAAGCAAAAGGUUAAAACUUUACUGUGACAGUCUGGUGUUCGGCCAUGUUUUCAACACUAAUCAUAAGUUAACCUCAACACAGGGCGUUAGAUAUUUGUCCUGCUGCUGCUGUGAACAUAUGUUUAUCAUCUAAACAAAGUGUGAUGGACCGAAGUGAUGCUGACGCUCGCACAAAUAAACUGAGGCAACAUUUUCAAAGUCUAGUGUGAAGUUUGCACUCAUAAGUGAAUGAAGAGAAGAUUAACGGCCCGAAAGCUUCAGGAAAUUAAAUAAAAAUGUCCUAAUAUUGUGACUUUAAUGUCAGAAAUACAGCUCUGCUUUCACAUCUUUCACAUGACGGAUGUUUUUGUUAUGAUAUAUUAUUUCCAGAUCUUUAAAGUUGCCCUGAAGAGGUCACAGGAAAACAGUUCCACAGCGUUAUUAGAGGUCAAAAAGCUCUACAAUGAACCUUCAACCUUCAAAGACUAAUUCUCAUGUUGGCCUCAGAUAUAAUAUUUCAUAGCCUGGAAGGCAGACUAACUUCCCCAGCUAAUGAUUUUUUUUUUUUUUUUUUGUCUCCAGCUCCAGCAAAGAUCUGCCCAGCCAGUCACAUCAUUUGAUGAACAGGGCUUUAUGCUACUAAAAUGUCUUUUGGUUGGAUGACUUUACAAUUAAUGGAGAUUUAUUUAUUCUCUGUAUCAGUUGAAACAUGCCCCAUAAUGAAGUCCAGAUGGUGUGUUACACCAGGCUAGCUGAUUCAUGUUUCUGUGUUGACCGAACAAGCAGCUGCUUCCUCACACUGUCAGUCCAGAAAUUACAAAAUACCUCUCCCCACGGUAACUGAGCAGUCGGCAUAUUUGCUGUUGCUUACUAACGACGUCUUAAAAGCAUCUUUAAACAUCCCUGAGGUCAAAAAUGGCAGAAUGUAGCUUUAACAUUUGUAUUUGAAGGUCCUUAAGAGUUGGAGAGAGGUAACAAUUCAUUUGUUUUACUUCAGAGGAAAGUAGAGGAAGGGAAACCGUGGACCAGAAGCCAGAACAACUAGCGCCAUCCAAAAGCCUUUUCAGGUGGAAAGUUAGUCUGGAGUCCGUCCUUUGGGAACUUAUUCUGCUCCAGUAAAGAUCUACUGUGCCAAUCCGAUUAUUUGGGCGAGGCUUUAAAUUUUGAGCUCCGAACACUGGCUCUGAUUGGUUGCUUGACUAAACAAUGGUGCAGAUGUAUUUGUUUUUCUCAUAAUGAACUCCAAAUGUUACCAGUUAGACGGCCAGGUUUGCUACUUAUUUAACAUGUUCAAAAACUGUUGCCUCACGUUUACUUAUCAGCGUCUUCAGCGAGCAUCACUUUCCAUCGAUCUUUGUAUCAGAGGGGAAGUCGAUGUCCUCUACCAGCAGCUGUGUCUGUUGAACUGGAGUUUGAAUGAUUAUAUUUAUCUGACAUAUAAAACCGUCCUCUGCUGCUGCUGUUAUAAAAAUAAACAUCAACUCCAGCUGUAUAGUAUUUAUGGUCUCAUGUAAUCAAAAGUAUGAAUUAACUUUUACAGAUGGAGCAGAGAUUAUUAUCAGUGGUGGCGAAGUAUUAAAUAAAAAUACUCAUCAAGUCCUCCAGUGAAAAGUGUAUAAGAAAUUACUUUUAUGUUUGAGUUUGGUUUGGAGAAAAAAAAAAUCACAAAGAAGUUCAAACUAUUUCAAGUGCAGUGUGAAAAACUCCAAUGAAGAAUAUUUGGGAAAUUUUGAGCAAUCAAACUUUAUAUUUCCUAAUCUCCUUCUUCUUACGUCAAAGCUGUACUGUAGUAAAUGUAUUUAAUAACUCACCAUCACUGAUUCUAAUCUGUAAAAUAGCUGGGCCUAACAAACAAACAAACAAACAAAAGAUAAUUUAUUGAAAAAAAGGACACAUUAAGAUGUGUUUUUUCCAGCUCUCAGUCUGGACAAAGAGCUGUUACUGAGUGUAAUGAACCUUUAAGGAUGCAGCGCCUACUAAUUUGUAUUAUAUGUAAACUGUAACAUGUUAUUUAUGUCAUGUAAGGAUACGAUAUGCCUUAAUGAGCAAACACACACAUUGUAAUUUGUGUAUACACUCGUAUUAUUAUGCUAAUGUAUUAAGGUAUGUAUAUGUGAGCCAGUUAGCCAAGGAUAAUGUAGCCCACACACACAUACACACACACAAUACUAACCCCUAGCUGUUUGUUGAAGAAGUUUUAUUUCACAGUACAAAUAUACUGUAAAUACUACAUGAGGACAUGUUGGCAGAUAAUAUGCAAUACGAACAAAACACAGCUUUAUUCAGAGGUUUGGUUCAACAUUUAGCACUUUGGUUAAUUAUAUAAUCUAACAAAAGAUGAAUUCAUUUCAAGAUUUUCCCGACAAAUGGGCUGCUUGGUUGGAUUGUUAUAGAAUGGGCCUCCUUUCAUAUUUGUGUAAUCAGUUUAUGAAGUUUUCAGAUUUUUUUUGUUUUGCUUAAACAAUGAUAGGAACAACAACAAAACAACAACCCAUUGUGAAAAUACUUGACUGGUCAUUUUAACUUCUUGAUGAACUUGAAAAUUGUGAAAAGGCACAAAGAGAUGGAACAGAUCAAUGGUUUCUAUUGUUUAUUUAUUUAUGAAUGGUUAAAACCUGAAAUCAAUUAUCAUAUUAAUGUUGUUCAUCAGCUAGUCUGUGCUAAACCCGCACAUGAUAAAAUAGAAACUGUUGAUAAUAAAACUGAUGAGUAAAAAGGAAAAGCACAUAAAGCUUUCUCAAGUUGAGAAUUAAGAAACUUCACAUAAAUAACUUGCCUGAUAUUAUUGUAAUAUUUUAAAAAAAAAAAAAAGAAAGAAAAAAAGCAUACCUACUAUAGUUUCUGCUCUAAUAGCAGACAGUUGCGUAUUUGAUCCUGCUACAAUCCAACUCUGCUGAAGUGUCCUUGAGUAAGAACAGACUCUGAUCUCGCAAUGCACCUACGAUGCACCCUCAUGGUUAAUGUCGGGCUAAUGAGAUGUGGGGCAGACGAGGAGAUAACCUUGUGACAAAUUCUCACGUCUCCAGUGACUAGACUGUUUGUGAAGCUGCUUCUCCAUUAUCACUGGUCCAGUCGAACCGUCUUAACCAAUAAAGAGAGACAUUAGAAGGAAAUGUUUUCAGGGACGUCUCCUACUGCCAUUAAAAACUUAGCACAUUUACCACUGGUGUAGUUUCAAGUCUGCUGUAUCAGGUGGGGGCCCCUCCUACUGUUACUGAUGUCCUGUACAGGACUGUAGUGUAGGGUUGCAGCUAAUGACUAUUUCGGUUUCAUUAGUGGUACUGUUCUGAAGAUAGUGGCACCAAAUCUGAAAACUCUUUCAAAGGACCGCACACACCAAACCAACAUAAAAACAAACAAAAAAACAAAAACAAACUAGGAGGCUCGGAUGUUAGGAAGCACUACUAUUAGCUGGGAGGCUACAAAGCUAGGAAGGGAUAGACUAAUGUCAGCUGGGAGGCACGGAAGUAGGAAGCGUUACUAUUAGCUGGGAGGCUACAAAGUAGGAAGAGCUCCUUUUAACUGGGAGACUACAAAUAGGCUCAUGUAAGCUGGGAAGCUAGGAAGUAGGAAGCGCUAUUAUUAGUUGGGAGGCUACGAAUAGGCUCAUGUCAGCUGAGAGGCUAGGAAGUAGAAGCGGGGAGGCUACAAAGGCUACAAAGCUAUGUAGGAACAGGCUAAUGUGGCUGGGAGGCUAGGAAGUAGGAAGCACUACUAUUAGCUGGGAGGCUACAAAACUAUGUAGGAAUAGGCUAAUGUAGCUGGGAGGCUAGGAAGUAGAAGCGGGGAGGCUACAAAGGCUACAAAGCUAUGUAGGAACAGGCUAAUGUGGCUGGGAGGCUAGGAAGUAGGAAGCACUACUAUUAGCUGGGAGGCUACAAAACCAUGUAGGAAUAGGCUAAUGUAGCUGGGAGGCUAGGAAGUAGAAGCGGGGAGGCUAAAAAGGCUACAAAGCUAUGUAGGAACAGGCUAAUGUGACUGGGAGGCUAGGAAGUAGGAAGCACUACUAUUAGCUGGGAGGCUACAAAACUAUGUAGGAACAGGCUAAUGUAGCUGGGAGGCUAGGAAGUAGGAAGCACUACUAUUAGCUGGGAGGCUAGGAGGAGCUGCAUCCAGUCAUAAUGAUGUGGCCCCUCCUGAUUUGUGAACUCGUAUAUUGAGAUGAAGAAUGAGAAGAGAACUUCUCUGUGUCCUUUGCUGUGUUGUUUACUUUCGUCACUUCCUGAAUCUCUGAGCUGAUGAGUCAAUCAAACUGAUCUUUCUGGCCGACUCAGCUAAAAAGCUGGUGUGAAUGGAGGUGAACACAAAAAUGGGGGUCACGACACUAAAACAGCGUGCACUGUCUUGUCGCGGCCCCACUGAUCCACCUUCACAUUAGGAAUUCUGUGAUCUUUUAUCUAUCAGAGAAUGUCGUCGCCUUUUUAAGAUGCAACAUUUGUUGUUGGAUCUCUUUUAAACCUUGUGCAGCAGAGUUUCAUCUGGUCAUCAAAGGUUGCUUCCUUCCCACCUCCACAGCUUUAAGUGUGAUCACUCUGACUUAGUGUUCAUAAGACGCUUCUCUGCCAGAUGAGUCAUUUUGGCUCUGAUGCACUGACGAUUCAACACAACCAACAAACUCUGGUGUUUAUAUACCUGAAGUCUUGUAUUGUGGACUUGUGCAGUUUUAUAUCAACUCGUGACAAACUGUAGGUUCAUUUUCACGUGUUUAAAUGGUACAUUUGUGCAUUAAUAUUCUAACCAUUAAUAUUCACUGUUAAUUGAGCUGCUGCCAACAAAUCUGGUGUGAACACAACCUUAGACACAUUCUAAGCAUUAAAUCACUGCUAACACCUCAAAACACGGAUUUAGAACGAGCUCUUACACUACACCCAAGUUCGCACCACUCUGAACAGAAUUAGAUUUUCUGACUCAGAUAAUUGACAGUGAGUGGUAAAUGACCCAAACAAAGUCCUAAUCACAGAGUAGAGCAGAUCUUGGAGUCGUUGACGCCACAGGCUAAAAUAUCCACACUAGACAUGGGACAGCAGAGCAGGACGUAACGGUUAUCCAGCUAAGUUGGCUAAUGCUAACAUUGAAAGAAAGAAAAGAAUGAAAGAAUGUGAUGCUAAUGGAAGUUAUUGUAUUUGAUCGUCUAAUGGACAAUAUUCAGCAGCAUGUAUUCUGUAGCUUGAUGGAUGAUGUUUUAGUUGGUUUGUGCGUUUUAACGUUGGUUUGUUGCAUAAAACGAUAUGAACGAAGACCUGAAUCUGAAUUAUUCCUCUAACACAGCUGUAAUGUCGUGUUGACAAUGAGAAGCACCAACGUGUGGGUGUAACAUGAUAAUAGCUGAUACUAGAGCGACGCAUACUGAGCACUGAUGCAGCAGCAUUAAUCCAGAUUAAAGGUUAAGGUGUGAUUUCAGUGUGAUGUGCAGGUGGAAGCUUUGCAAAAACAAAAAGAGGCAGAAGAGAGAUUUUCCAUGAGGUUGAAAGUAAAGUGAGUGCAGGAGGAGGAAGAUGGCGCAGUGGAGUCGUGGCCGGGUGACGUGAGGUGAUUCUUGAAGAGGUGAUUUUCAGCUCGCCGGAAGAAAAAGACGAGGACGAACACACAGAGACCCGACUCAGUUUUAAUAAGCAUGAAUGCCGGUGCUCAUUAGAGGGCGAAACAACACAGCAGCGGGAACACAACACGAUAGAGGGAACGAUUGUUGCUGCCAGUUCACGUCUCACAGGUCGGACGCACAGAGCUGGAAGGAAGAGGUCUGAAAGCGUUUUUAGUUUUUUGUCACGGACGGAUGAAUGCAGCCAGGUGAGGAGGAAGCAGAAAGACUGUAGAUUGUUGUUGUGGGGAAAAAAAAAAAACUGUGGACGGAUGGAGGACGUGACUUUCUGAAAAGCAGAACUAUGUUUCAGUUCCUGUGUGACAAUGUCAAUGUCAAGACUGAACACCUUGACCAAAGACACAAGGGAAAAUCAAUCUUCAUUGUGUCUGCAGCGUGGUGACUCUGUUACCAUAGAAAUGGUCUAUUUAUAUCGAGGAGCGUUCUCAGGUGUCAUGGAAAGUCCUUGUUAGGACUCGACAGAGGAGACACUCUCUCAAAGAAUGUCCCUUCACAGUCCACAAAUAUAAAUAACAUGUUCGAGUAUGAAUCAUUUCUAGGUGGAUGUUUUCUAAGAAGCAGAAGAUUAGUUCAGUCUGGACCAAAAUUUUGCUGAGUUGUCAGAGCAGUGCGGGACAGGACAAACCGGGCUUCGCUACUGAAUAAAACAUUAGCUGUUAGAGUCUCUUACAUUUAAUUUUGUUUCCACAUAAGGAGACAUAUUAAUUAGUCUGUCUAUGUCUCAGCUACACCUCUGAUUAUACCUCAAGAAAUAAGUAAGUGGUUCUGCAUCAAAACAGAAUCAAACAUGGCAGCAUUAGCUCUUAGCAGCUACCGCUUGUGGGCAUAGAGACGGUCGUCGUUGGGUUAAUGUGACGCUGAGGAAAACUUAAGAACACUGGCAUUUUGAUUAAUGAUAUUUUGGUGGGUGUGGGUGGAGUUAGAGUGUCAGUCAGUGCUCAGUGUCGCCAUCUAUGGGGACGUUUGGAAAGGACUCAGCUGUGUGAUUGGUUGACUUUUCUGCUGUGUCUUCCACCGUCCUGCAUGUUGUCGCCCAAUGUAUUUGCAGGAAAUGUUUCAGUCUUACAAACAGAAAGAGUUAAAGAACCAGAGUACGAGAGGAGAAACAGGAAGUGAUGGAAGGAAACACAACAACAAAGGUCACACAGAAGGCUCUUGACGUUUUUUUUUUAAUUCUCAUCUCAUCUGAACAUUAAAAUCCACAAAUGUUACAUGAUGACCAACUGGUCAUUAACAAUUAUACACAUAUUAAACAAAUGCUGUUUUCAUAAUUAAAUUAUUGGUCAUUCAGUGCACCAUCACAUCAUCUAGGACGAGGCGACAACUUCAAAUGUUCAUCUAGGGACAAAUUAAUACUUCAAAUUAAUACUUUCACAAAAAUCCAUUUACGCAAAGAGGUUGCGCUUCAACAAUAAAACACUUCGGUGGAACACUAGACCAGAAAUAAGUGUAGGCACAUCUCAAAUUUAUAAAUUUGGUACAAAACAAAUUAUUUGGCUCCUAUUAUGAAACACACCACUAAGUUUUGGCCCAGUGGUGCUCAAGUUCAAUUCAGUUAAAUAUGUGUAAGGAAAGUAAACACACAGCUGAAGACCAAUUGCCUUCUUUAUUCAUGUUAUUGACUUGGUAUUGGUAUAAAUUUACAGAAAUGCAAGAAACAAAAGUAAAUAAAAAUAAAAUAGCAGCUACUGCAACUAUUGCUCAGCCAAACUACAGGGAACUACUGUUUUUACAGUGUAACACCUGUCCUUCUCACCUCUGUAAAGAAAUGCAGUUAAGUAGGAUACACACAGCCUUUUACCUUCUGAUGACCUUUUAUCAUUGCAAAGAUAUAUACCCGCCUACCCCCCACUUUCUCCACACUGAGGUCAGAGGUCAGCAACAGCACAGCAUUGGUGCAGCUGUUUUGGAUUCAAAACGUUACUCAAGGACACUUUGGCAGCGCUGCAGGGUUUCGACCCCGAGGUUCAGUCUCAUUAAUCACGACACGUCCCGCUGCCUCACAACAAAUCCAGCAAAGGUCGACGCUGAUACGAGCUGCUAGAAAAUAAAAGCUCAGAAACCGCCCGAUGAAAGCCCCCCAUCUUCCCUUUAUGUACAGUAAACAAUAUGCAUCACACACAGCCGUAGCAUUUUACUCAGAGACUCGUGAAUGUACAAAUAAUAAAGCAGGAGGUGGCACAUCGCAGCGGUGUAACAUCACAUCGUCCACACAUGAGUCGUCUUGGACAAAUGUUCCUGCUCUUCUUGCAGAGUUAAUAAAUGUGUAUUUUAUGGCUUGAGGCGAAAUUUCACACCGGGUUAAUGUAGACGUGUCCAGUGAACAGUUAACCUCCGCUGAUUGUUUAAGAAGGACAAUAAUCUGAAACCUCCACCCUAGUUAUUCAGAAAAUCUUCGUCUAAAAUCUGGCCGUUUAUAAUCACUUUAUGGUUGAACUUUGGAAAAAGUUUCAAUUUUUUUCAGUGAUCUUUACCUUGUUGUGUCCGUAAUAACUUUAAGUCCCUUUUAAACUAAUGACCACGUAGAACAGGGCAGCUGCCCGUUCAUGAAUCUAAACGUAAAUUGUAAAGUAAAGAAAUAAAGAAAUGAUUCUGUCCAAGUGAAAUGUCGCAGAAGACAAAAUGAACUCAUGCAUUUUUAAUAAAGUCUAGGAAAUGUACAAAAAGAAUGAAAAAUAUUAUGUGGCCUGAGAAAGGAGUUUGUGUGUGUCCGUUGUUUUGCAAUCAAUAUAUGACAAUGAAAGUAAUGUUUAGCACAAUAUAUGAUACAAAUGGAGAUUAAUGGGAUAUUUCAAGGUAUUAUAAUGAAAGUAAAACCAUAUAAAUAUAUGUAGAUAUAUGAUUUACCUGAGAAAAGUGACAUAAUCCUGUAAUUUUGAGAGACAACUCUGAACUCCAAGCAGACAGUGGUUAAUAACUUUUAUAGGUUUAAACAGACUACAUUUAUUCAUAGAUCUUGUUUUAUUAAUUGCUUUAAACUGAUAUAAUGAACAUUUCAAGGGAGAAGUCUUUGUAAAAGUGAAUGUUAAAAUGCUGCUCUUGUUAGGGCGUCUGUCGUUGAAGCCUGUUACGUGAUUGACAAGGAGCACAGACGGUACAUAGGGAUGAAUGACACGACAGCUCCGACAGCAGAAGAAAGUCAGAAUAUCUCAGAAAUGGGCAGAUGUUUCUUCUUUGACAGCUAUAUGACAUGUAAGAGUAUCAUUUAACCAGCUCAAGACAGAAAAGAUGGCGCUGCUGGGCUCUGGUUGCGAUGGUUGCGCCCAUUUCUGCCAUAUUUAGUCUACUCUUCUGUGCAGCCCGAGGAAGUGGUGACCAUUGGUAUAAAGAUGGAUGAAACUCAUGUGUUUCUGAGAAGUGGUUUUUUGUGUGGUGCCUCAGGCCAUCUCCAUCUUUAAAUCCCACAUUUCACUCAAAGUAGCCUUUUUUUCUGCAAAACUUUAAGCCUCGAUCUAUUUAAAACAGGCUUGAGAAGAAAAAAAUCUUCCCGCAUUAUUAGAGACAAGACCAGGUAUUUCUACUGUGAAGUUGGUCAUUUUAAUAUGGAGGUCUAUGAGGACUGACUCACUUUUGUAGCCAGCCUCUGGUGGCCAUUUGAGGAACUGCAUUGCAGCUACUACUGCAUCCAUCUUUAUACACAUAUUCAUAGUGUUGAUUUUAUUUUAUUUAUUUUUACUUUUAAUUUCAUCUGUUAUUUUGUUGCCCCUAAUAUAACAACUAUCUGAUUUGGCAUCAGAUCUUAGGCUCUCAACAACUAUUUAAAUUUGUCAGGUGGUGGUUUUAAGGAUGACUUUACCAGUGACUUAUAAUUUUUGUGUUUCAAACUAAAUGCUUCUUGCUUGCCCAAAUUGUUUCACCUGCACAGACACCUGGUUUUAUCCAUGGUGUAUUGGAUGAAGAGCACAGUGACUUGUGUACAGUAUAGUUGAAUUACAUUAUCACACAUAAGUAGUGUUUAUGAGUAAGAAUUAUUCAUCGUCAUUUUUAAAACCCCGCUCACAAGCCUUUAUUAACUAAAUGAACGCUGUGAGAAUUCCUCCUUAAAAACACCUCAUUUGAAAUAGAUGAAUGUAAGAGUUUUAAACGUCACAUCUCCUGUUUUUGGUUGUCACUCAUAGUUUUAAAAGACGCUGCUUUGUGGUGCUUCGGGAGGUCGGUGGGUCUGCAUGUUAUUAGUGUGAUGCUGUAAAAGUCCGAUGCCUUGUUCCUGUACAUAACGAGGAGCUGAUUUUUGAAUAUGAUUUUGUUAAUGUGACAAAUAAAGUUUCUGUUUUGCUGUUGUUUUUAA